CGCGCUCGCUCGUGCCCGCGCGGGCCCCCUCACCCCCCCGCUCCCCCUUCAGCUCCCUUCGGCUCUCCCCGGCUGCGCUGGCAGCGGCGGCGGCUCGGCCAUGGCGGCCCCGGCGGAGCUGAGUGCGGAGCGGCUGCGGGCGCUGCCGGGCAGCUGGAGUUACGGGAUCAGCCAGGGCGGCCGCGUCUUCUUCAUUAACGAAGAGGCGAAGAGCACGACCUGGCUGCACCCGCUCACCGGAGAGGCCGUGAUCACCGGGCAUCGCCGCAGCGCAGAUUUACCCACGGGCUGGGAGGAAGCUUAUACUUUUGAAGGUGCCAGGUAUUAUGUAAAUCAUAAUGAACGAAAAGUAACCUGCAAGCACCCAGUCACAGGACAGCCAUCGCAGGACAACUGCAUUUUUGUAGUGAACGAACAGACUGCUGCAGCAAUGACGUCUGAAGACAAGAAGGAGCGACCAGUAAGCAUGAUCUGUGAAGCGACUAACUACAGUCUGACAUCAGAUUAUGCUGCUCAUCCAAUGAGCCCUGUGGGCAGAACAUCACGGUCUUCAAAGAAGGUUCAUAACUUUGGGAAGAGGUCAAACUCCAUAAAGAGAAAUCCUAAUGCACCAGUUGUCAGACGUGGCUGGCUCUACAAGCAGGAUAGUACCGGAAUGAAGUUGUGGAAGAAGCGGUGGUUUGUGCUCUCAGACCUGUGUCUCUUCUAUUACAGAGAUGAGAAAGAAGAAGGAAUACUAGGAAGCAUCCUUCUGCCUAGCUUUCAGAUAUCCAUGCUGUCUGCUGAGGACCACAUUAACCGCAAAUAUGCCUUUAAGGCAGCUCAUCCAAACAUGAGGACCUAUUAUUUCUGCACAGAUACAGGGAAGGAAAUGGAGUUGUGGAUGAAAGCCAUGACAGAUGCAGCACUCGUGCAGACAGAGCCUGUGAAAAGAGUAGAGAAGUUCACUGCAGAAAAUACACCACCUCGAGAGGCAAAUAAUGUUUCAAACCAUCGGGUGCUGAUUAAGCCAGAGGCACAAAAUAACCAGAAAAACAAAGAAGUCAACAAAAAUGAGGAGAAAAAAGCUUUGGAAGCCGAAAAAUACGGAUUCCAGAAAGUUGGACAAGACAAGCCAUUAACGAAAAUUAACAGUGUGAAGCUAAACCCUUUGGGAUCUGAAUACAGGACCUUACCCAUCAGCACCGUUCCAGCUGGGCACUUCAGACCAGUUCAUUUAAAUGGGGCUGAGAACAAAGCAGUUGGUGUUGUCCUGGCAGAUGCUGGAGAUGGGGGCCACUACAGUGCCGUCCCAGGACAUAUGGAGUCUGAACGAGUUAUGCAGAGAACAAAUUCAAUGCUGCAGUUGGAACAAUGGAUUAAAAUACAGAGAGGAAGAGGACAAGAGGAGGAAACAAGGGGCAUAAUCUCCUAUCAGACAUUACCAAGAAACAUGCCAAGCCAUCGACCUCAGGUUUUACCCCGGUACCCAGAAGGCUACAGAACGCUGCCAAGGAACAGCAAGGCGCGGCCGGAGAGCCUCUGCAGCGUGACGCCGUCGGCUUACGACAGAGCCGCGGGAGCGGUGGCAGCCGAAGAGAAGCGGAGGUCGAUGCGCGAUGACACAAUGUGGCAGCUCUACGAGUGGCAGCAGCGGCAGUUUUACAACAAGCAGACCACUCUUACUAGACACAGUACCUUAAGCAGCCCCAAAACCAUGAUUAACAUUUCUGAUCAGACCAUGCAUUCCAUUCCCACCUCACCUUCUCACGGCUCGAUCGCCGGUUUCCAAGGAUAUUCCCCACAGAGAACCUACAGGUCAGAAGUGUCUUCGCCGGUGCAAAGGGGAGAUGUAACUAUCGACCGCAGGCACAGGACGCAUCACACAAGGCAUGUCCUUGUGCCCGACAGAAGGUCAAUGCCAGCAGGUCUGACUUUGCAGCCUGUUACUCCUCAGAGCCUCCAAGGCAAAACACCGGAGGAGCUCACGCUGCUGCUAAUAAAGCUGAGACGGCAGCAGGCUGAACUGAGUAGUAUCCGGGAACACACACUAGCACAGCUCAUGCAACUAAAACUUGAGGCCAGCAGCCCAAAGAAUGAGAUUCUUUCACAUCACCUUCAAAGGAAUGCCAUAUAUGUGGAUCAUCAGAUGAGAGAGAAUGAACCUUUAAUCACCAUGGUUCACACUAUGAUUGAGAACUCGGCGCUAAGACCACAACUGUACCAGCAAUUAACACAAGAAGAAUGUAGGGGCACACUGUACAAAUAUAGAGCUGAAGAGCUGGAUAUUGAUGCUAAGCUUAGCCGUUUAUGUGAACAAGAUAAAGUUGUACAAGCGCUGGAGGAGAAGCUUCAACAGCUACAGAAGGAGAAAUACACGCUUGAGCAAGCUUUGCUAUCAGCAAGUCAGGAGAUAGAAAUGAAUGCAGAUAACCCUGCAGCCAUACAAGGUGUGGUCUUACAGAGAGAUGACUUGCAGAACGGACUGCUUAGCACUUGUCGAGAGAUAUCGCGAGCUACCGCGGAACUUGAAAGGGCCUGGAGAGAAUAUGAUAAGUUGGAGUAUGAUGUAACUGUAACAAGGAACCACAUGCAGGAGCAACUUGAUCGGCUUGGAGAAAUUCAGACGGAGUCAGCAGGGAUACAGCGAGCUCAGAUUCAGAAGGAACUGUGGAGAAUCCAAGAUGUCAUGGAGGGUUUAAGUAAACAUAAACAGCAAAGAAGCUCAUCAGAAGCAGGCAUCAUGGGAUCUAGGACACUUUCAGCUCUUAAAUACAAAAACGAGGAAGAGGAAGUAGUCCCACCUCGUCCUCCACUCCCUCGGUCCUAUGACUUUACAGAGCAUCCUCCCAUAAUCCCCCCUCUGCCCAGUGAUAGCAGCUCCUUGCUCUGUUAUAGCAGGGGCCCAGUACAUCUGCCAGAAGAAAAGAAGAUUCACCAAGUUCAAGGAUAUCAGAGAAAUGGAUCUUACUGUGGUCCUGAUUAUAGGCUUUAUAAGAGCGAGCCAGAGUUAACUACUGUAGCAGAAGUGGAUGAGUCUAAUGGCGAAGACAAAACAGAACAGAUUUCAGAAUCAGAAUCUACUACUAAAGGCUCACAUUUUCCUGUUGGAGUUGUACCACCCAGAACUAAAUCACCAACACCAGAGUCUUCAACAAUAGCAUCCUAUGUCACUUUGAGGAAGAAUAAGAAGAUAGAUCUAAGAACGGAGAGACCAAGGAGUGCCGUGGAGCAGCUCUGUCUCGCAGAAAGCACGAGGCCUCGAAUGACUGUGGAGGAGCAGAUGGAAAGAAUAAGGAGACACCAGCAAGCUUGCCUGAGGGAGAAGAGAAAAGGACUCAACAUUAUUGGUGUUUCAGACCAGUCUCCUUCACAGAGUCUGUCAUUUGUCAGAGAUAAUCCAUUCAAAUUGGCACAGAACCGAAGGAAGGAUGAUGCUGUGUCCGGUAACGUGAAAGAGUUAGAGAGCAACAGUAAAGAAAGUAACUUGAAACAAAACAAUGCAAUUGCUGGAGAAGAGAAAGCGCACGUGAAACACGAUGGAGAACAAGAACAUCAUGCAGGUUUUAUUCAAGAGCUAGCAAAAGCUGAUGAUCUUCUAUCAGAUGCACAUGUUGUAUCCAACUCCAAAGAAGUGAGUAAUGACGAGACAGCCAAACAGGAAAAUACACUGGAAGAAACACGUGAUGGUGAUAUAAGCUUUCAAAGUGUGACCACAGCUACAAACCACAAACCCAAAACCAGCUCAGAAGAAAGUGAAAUAGCUAGCAUUCAAGAACAAGAAGGGAUUAUGGCUUCACUUGAAUUAGCAGCACAGUCUUCAAAAGGAAAUCAGGCAGCAGCAGUGAAAAGUUUACCUUCUUCACCGGAAUCAUCACUGUCACCAGCUACAUCUACACAGACACAGCUCACAGAAGGAUCACAUUUCAUGUGUGUAUAGUUACAGAGAAAAGUAAUGGCUUCUGUUGAAACAAUUCAUGCCUGAGAUGUAUGGACCUGACCUAUGAAAAUAUGAGAAGAGAUUGUACAGUAUAUUUUAAAUCUAUGAAAUUCAUAGUUCUGAUGCUUUUGGCUACAGAGCAUCAUUUUAUCACUUCCUGGAAAAUGUUUAUUCCAAGAGAGCUUUAAAUGGCCCACAUGUACACUCAACAACCUUCAGAUUGUCCUCCUGAUACCAGCUUGCUGCUACCAUUUCUGUGCACAUCAAAUAAAAGCCCUGUUUCAUCUGCAGCCUACAGUCAGAACUCUAUUUAAUAUUCUCCAGAAUUUAAUGUUCUUAUAAUUAUGGAUCAUUUAAGUUUACUUUUUGCUUCUUUACCAGGUAUACCUUGGUUCACUUUACAUAUCGCCACUAAACCUCGUUUUACACUUUUUCAACACUACAACUUCUUGUUUUAACAUUUUCUUUGUAAAGUUUUUAUAUAUAUAUAUAUAUAUAUAAAAUACAUAUAGAUAUAUUUAAAAUGUGCCAUUUUUAUUAUUGCUUAGUAAAAGAAAAAAAAUGUCCUGUUUCUGCUGUAAUUAUUUCUUGGUCAGGUUGCAAUGUCAGCAGUUACUGCCACACUUCUGUCAGCGUAGACAUUAAUGUCAGUGGUUACUUUUUCCUGAGUGAAAUGGAGUGUAGGUAUUUUGAGGUACUGGGCUUUUCUCCUUUGUUGGGUUAGGGUGUGUACAGCAAUAAGCAGGUUUGCAAUCCAGUCCUUAGUUGGUGUACAAAUGUAAUUAUGUUCAUUGUGUAUAUAGUAUACAAUGAGCACAUACGAUGUAAGUAUAAGAAGCCACUUACUAUUGUUCCAAUACUGAUGUUCAUAUCCCAUUUCUUUUAUAUCAUAUUAAAUAAAUGUUGAUGUUCUUAA